CUUUCAUUAUUGCAUUUUUCUCAGCUCGACCUUACCAAACGAAUAGAAGAUCAGGGCCCGUUAGAUGUGAUCAUACAUAAACUGACAGAUGUCCUAAUUGAAGCUGACCAAAAUGACAGCCAGUCAUUGGAGUUGGUUCACAGGUUCCAGGAGUAUAUUGAUGCUCAUCCUGAAACUAUCAUUCUGGAUCCUCUUCCUGCUAUCAGGACAUUACUGGACCGAUCAAAGUCUUACGAACUUAUUAGACAGAUAGAGCUGUAUAUGAAAGAUGACAGAAUCUGUUCUCCGCCAUUUAUGGAGUUAACAAAUGCAUGUGGAGAAGACACCUUGAAGCAAAUAGAAAAAAAUGGAAUUGCAUUCCCAUUCAUUUGUAAGACAAGAGUCGCCCAUGGAACCAACUCUCAUGAGAUGGCUAUCAUAUUCAACCGGGAAGGCCUGAAAGCCAUCCAUCCUCCAUGUGUGAUUCAGAGUUUUAUCAACCACAAUGCCGUCCUGUAUAAAGUCUUUGUGGUUGGGGAGUCAUAUACUGUGGUGAAGAGGCCCUCUGUGAAGAACUUCUCAGCGGGCAUUUCUGACCCUGAAAGCCUCCAGACACCGGGUCAUGUCUUCCACAGGAUCUCCCAAUGGGCCUGGAGUGGAGAUAUAUAUCAAGAGGAUAGGACAAAUUAUAGAGAAUCAAUAUUUUUCAACAGCCACAAUGUAUCAAAACCAGAAUCCUCUUCCAUCCUAACAGCACUUGAUAAAAUAGAAGGGGUGUUUGAGAGACCAAAUGACGAUGUCAUCCGAGCAAUCUCAAAGACACUAAGGCAGACCUUGGGGAUUUCUCUCUUUGGCAUUGACAUUAUCAUUAAUAAUCAGACUGGUCAGCAUGCAGUUAUUGAUAUCAAUGCAUUUCCAGGAUAUGAAGGUGUCUCAGAGUUUUUCACCGACCUCCUGAAUCAUAUAGCCACCACCCUGCAGGAGCAAGCUCCAGAGUUGUCCCAGCUAAACCAUAACAAACUCCUGGCUGAACAGAGCAGCAGCCUCGUGGGGGAGCGGACAUGCUGUGCUAACACUGGCUGCCGGAGUAUGGCAAGCAAAGACCCCUGGAUUGUGGAGAAUGAGACCAGUGGCUCAGUAAAGCUGCAGCACCAGAGGCUGGGCUGUAACUCAUCAAUGUCUCCUAGCUUUCAGCAGCAUUGUGUGGCCACAUUGGCCACAAAAGCUUCUUCUCAAUGAUCCCUAUCAGUGCCACAGACUGAGAAAGAAGGCAGUAGGCCCCAGAGCUAUUGAUUCAAUGUAAUUUUUUGAAAGAAAGUGAAAUUAGUGAUAUGGGUCCACUUUAACAGAUUCCUCUUGUAGUUCUGUAGUGAGUUUAUCCAUCCAUGUAUGGGUGCCUGUUGUGUGCAUGUAUCUUAAACACUAUAUCUUAAUGUGGGAGGAUGGGUUUGUGUUUUUCCCACACCUUUUCCUUUUCUUUGUAAUCAUUGACCAGAGUUGUAUGAUGAACCUUACAGAAUGGAUAAUGAUUUGUGUUGAAAAUUUGCACACUUGAAUUCAAUCACCCUUCAUAUCUCUUUUCCAGCCCAUUCCAAAGAGUAAAACACACAUUUAUUGUAUACCUAAAUCCAGAGGAAACCUGCAUACCCAGGAUCAGCAUUUAAUUUCUGUUUGGAAAACUCUGAUAUUAGAAUCAGCUUCAAACAGUGUCCCAUUUCCUAAAAGAAGAAUAAAUGAUUGAGUAUUUAUUUGCCAUUGUGAAAAAAUAUAGUCCUUUACAAUCACAUUUAUUAUUAAAGUAGUUAGGUUGAUGUAACACUGCCAUUUAUCUUAUUUGGGGCAGAGGACUUCAUAAUCAUUGGUUGAUUGCCAUAUCUAGCAUAAGAACAAGCUAGGGAGUUUGGUUUUUCCUUUUUCUGCUGCUUUGCUGAUCCUGAGACUACAGGAUAUCUCUUUCACAUAUAUAUUAAGCGAUAGCAUGGUUUAUUUUUAGCUUUGUAUGAUGCACAAAUCCAUCCACUGUGGUUUAUAAAUCAUGGUUUCUUUGUUGAGGUGGGUUUGUACAUCAUAUUAAACAAGAAAAUCAGAUUGUGGGUUAACAUUACGUGUGUUCUAGGGGCCUGUUUGUAAGCACUACUCUGCACAGAUAAUUUUGCUUAGUGGCGGGCAGAACUUUGUAAAAGAGUAAAUCUGUGGCAACUUUUCUCCAUUCCUGCUCUAUCAUUCUUUGGGAGUAAGCCUCUGAGAUGUGGUAUAUAAGGGCAGUGUUUAUUUAACCUGUAGUUCAGUCUGGUUAUAUGUUAAAAACAAGUAACAGAACAAAAGUGCAUCUUUAACUCUGUUUCUUUCAACACAACAUCAUCUUUGUGCAGCUUUGAACUGGUCAUGAAUUUGAAAAGGUACUAUUAGUGAGUUUGGGACUCUUUUAAUUUGGGACAAUCCUUAAAUUGUCUCAGGAAAUGUUAAAAUAUUUUACACAUUUAGAUACCUUUGGAAAGAUUGAUCAUCAUGGAUCAGGGAUCUGUGGAGUAAUUCACACGCAGGUAGUAGUGUGAAUGUAUACUACAUACAUACUACAAGUUGUACACAUGAAUCCCUUCCAACUUUGAAAGGAUAAUAUAUUGAUAUUAUUUGCAUACAGGCAACAUUACAUGGUUUUUGGUAGGGUUUUUUUUUUUUAGAUUAAAAAAAGUUUGAAUCCUCAGAUUCUUUCAGUUCCUGUAAAGAUGACCCAUUUCUUAUAUAUAUGAACUGGUAUUAAUGUAUUAUCCUCCAUUGAUGGCAGCUUUUUAUUUGUUUGUUUCUUUGUUUUUAGAGUAAGGGAAAAAUGGAAAUAUCUGAUGAAAUAUGAAAGACAGGGAGAUAAAAAAGGGAGGACCAGAAAUGAUUCCAAGCUAUAGGGAGUGCAGGAAACUAUUCAAAAAUUAGUAGGGAGGAGAAUUGCUAUGUUUCCUGUAUGGUUUUAUUUCCAAACUUCUUCACAAUUCUGCAGUAGGUAUUGGAUAUAAAUAGCUGAGGAGAAGACUAUAUUUGUAGAGGGGUUUCCGAUAUGAGACUAUCAGACAUGCAUUUUGUUUAUUUCUGUAUCAAAUUUGGGUCAUGUGGUGAUCCUGAAUUAUUGUCUUUCUCCAUAAUAACAUUUCCCAGUAAAAUAUUGAUAUUUGCCCAUGCCUUUAGUGGGAAUGAAAAGUAGGUCAGACAUAUAUUUGUACAUUUUUUUUUCAAUCAGCAAGACUAUUAUAAGUUUUUGAUGUAAAAAAAUAUUGUUCAAAUUUUAACAUUAUACACACACACACACACAC